GGAGGCAGGUACGCAUCUUACAGCAACACCAACCAUGUCCACGACAAGCAACGCACCUUUCACCGCAUCCGGUUCCUCUGUUUUAACCCACAGCAGCGCACAUCCCGGCGGCGCCAUGUGAACCAGUGGGGAUAGAGAAACCAAGUGCAGAGUGGAGCAGAUUCCAAUUAAAUUAGAUUAUUGGAUUGGCUGCAACAGAUUAAGCACUUCCUUUUCCACAACGGUUGGUUCACAUAAUCUAGAAAAGUCUACAUCUUCUCCUGGAAAAGAAAUCAAUAUCAGUCAGGCAAGCACCAUGCUGACCAGCAUCUUGGAUGGGAUUCUGUGCUGUCUGACAGGGAAGUCUGCCAAUGUGGUAGUGCCCAUCGAGACCUCUGAGCCAGCUGAUGGCUUCGAGUUUGUGGAAGUGAAGCCAGGGAGGGUGCUCCGAGUUCGACACAUCAUACCGGAGCGGCCUGUGGUAGCAGAACAGGCCAGCCAAGGGGGAGUUGUGCACUGCAAGCGCAAGAUUACUGUGUACCGCAAUGGCCAGCUGGUCAUCGAGAACCUUGGGGAUGUGGUUCGCUCUGAGCUCCUUCACUGUCAGAAUGGUAACCCUGAACCCAGCAGCACAGUUGAGGUGGAGCUUUCUGACUACAGUAGCUCUGCCCCCUCCACAAUAACUCCCGACCCCAACUCCGCAUCGCUGCCUGGGCAGCGGCAGCCUGCACCACGACGCCGCCACCGCAAGCCAAAACGCACUGUGGUCAUUGACUGUGAACGCAAGAUAACCAGCUGCAAGGGCACACACUCAGAUGUGGCACUCUUCUUCGUGCAUGGGGUGGGUGGCUCGCUGGACAUCUGGGGAAGCCAGCUGGAUUUCUUUUCCCGCCUGGGCUAUGAGGUCAUUGCCCCAGACCUGGCUGGACAUGGGGCCAGCUCUGCUCCCCAGAUAGCAGCAGCCUACACAUUCUAUGCCCUGGCAGAGGACCUGCGUGCUAUUUUCAAACGAUACGCCCGGCGAUAUAACAUUCUCAUUGGACAUUCUUACGGGGUGUCAUUCUGUACUUUCCUGGCCCAUGAAUACCCUGAGCAAGUACACAAGGUAGUAAUGAUCAAUGGUGGGGGACCCACAGCCCUGGAGCCCAGCCUCUGUUCCAUCUUCAACUUGCCCACUUGCGUGCUGCACUGCCUGUCCCCCUGUCUGGCCUGGAGCUUCCUGAAGGCUGGAUUUGCUCGCCAAGGUGCCAAGGAGAAGCAGCUUUUAAAGGAGGGAAAUGCCUUCAACGUGUCAUCUUUUGUUCUCCGGGCCAUGAUGAGUGGCCAGUACUGGCCGGAGGGAGAUGAGGUGUACCAUGCUGAACUCACUGUGCCCAUUCUGUUGGUGCAUGGAAUGCAUGACAAGUUUGUGCCCAUUGAAGAGGACCAACGUAUGGCAGAGAUACUCCUCUUGGCCUUCUUGAAAGUCAUUGAUGAGGGCAGCCACAUGGUGAUGAUGGAGUGUCCAGAGACGGUCAACACCCUCCUACAUGAGUUCUUCUUAUGGGAGCCUGAUAAUUUGUCCAGUGCAUCUAAAACCAAACCGGAAACUGCCAAGUCCACAGAAAAGACCCAGAAUGCCAAUGGUGAAGCUCAACCAGUUGCAGAAAACAAACUCCAAACCAAGUAACAAAGAGGGAGUUUCCAUGUUUCUAAACGAAGAAAUCCAUUCCAAUGGCUUGGUCGAUGCCUGGCUGUGCUGAGAGUGCAGCACGCUAGCUGAGAGCUGUUUUUAAUGGGUCCAAAGUGUGAGGAAGAUGUGGAGGCUGCAAGUCACUCCCAAGCUUGAGCUGGAUCCAAAUAAUAUGGGACUUUCCAUCGCAGCAAAAAAAGAGAAAGAGGGGUAUGAGAAAGGAAAGGAUGCACUGGAGGGAGAUACAGAGACAGGAUUUAUUGUUCAGCAUGAGCCAUCUUCAAACAGUGACCUGUCCUCCCUGUUGCUCUUCCACCAUGUGGCCUAACACUGAAGAUAGCCCUGGCGGAGGUCAAUGCAUGGACUAAGGCUUUGAGUUGGUGAGUAGGGUCAUGUGUGACCACAGCAAGGAGACAUUCACAAUAAUUCACCACAGUCAUAUGUUGGUAAUGGUGGGGGGCUGGCACAGGAUUUAGUCCUGUGACAUUCAUUGCUAUUGGCUGUUACUGUAAUUGUCUCAUCUAGGUAAGGAUGUAUGCAUCUCCAUCUGCAUGGUCCUGGAGGAACGUUGUUUCGUUUCACUCUGUGCUGUACCAGCUGUGUAUGGUUGAAAUGACAAUAAAACCACUUAGACUUUGACUUUAGAAAUCCUGCUGAAACAGGCCAGUUUCAUACAAAAGUAACAAAAUGAGAGAAGUGUUUUUAUUUUACCUUUCACUUUCACUUCUAAAUAUAAAUGUCCAACAGAGUAACUUAACUACUCAGGCAAGAUUACUUAAUCCAAAGGAUAAAUUUACAUAGUACAGUAUGAGGGAUACAUAUGGAUAUAUACAGUAGAUAUGGUAUAAUGAUAAUCUAAUUGUGAUCAUUGUUUAUUUACUUUUACAAAUACACCAAAUUGGGUUUAGUUUUAGGACCACAAACUGAAAGCCAAAAGUUUUACACAAUAUAUGAAAUAUAUUGCACAAUUUUCUUUGAUAUUUAAAAAUUUGCACUCGUUGACAAUUUGUAUCAUAAAAUCUCAGCAGCUAUUAUUGCACGACAGCCUGAGUUGCUGUGGUCAUAUUUUGAAAACACAUGUAAGACAAAUUAAAUAAAAUCAUAGUCAAAGUAACCCAAAAUCAAUGCAAACUGUUUUACGUUGUACAAUAUGCUAAAGGAACUGAGGUAGUGGACAUGGUCUCUUACUUAAAGAUCAUUUUUGACAAUAAAAAUCCAAAGAUGUUUUGCUCUGUGAAAUUUAUUAAAAAUGUGUUGUUUUGUUAAUUUUGUAUUUUACCCCCCCCCCCCAUCAGUUAUGAAUGAGACAUGACCACACUAAUUCCCCCCCACCCACCUGAUUGCCUUGUAGGCAUAGUGUGCCCUCCUCUCUGCAAAGCCAGAAGUUUAUACACAUUAGGCCACAGAGUGGUAAGCAGGAGGGACAUGGCUGGUUGAAGAAAUGGUGCAUUUCUUAUUACUGGCAAGGGGCAGCUUACAGGCAGCUAUAGGAAGCAAUCAUACAGGGGGCAAACAAAGCACUGUAGCUGACUUGAACCCUCCCAUCCCAUGCACAGCAGAAGAGAUGCCAGUUAUGUUCUCCAUGGAUUGCAUAGCUCAGAUUUAAAGGUGUGGUUUGAGCUGAAAAUAAAGCUUUUACUGUGUAAAGGGUGUGGAAUGGGAAACAUUGUCGGGCAUUUUUCAUCUGAGAUGUACAGCCAAAUGUAAAUUAUACAUGUACUGUUUUCCAAAAACUAUAAUAUUCAAAGGUCUGUGUGUGUGUGCUGGGUUGUAACUCAUAAUACUGUUUUGUAUUAAAAACAAAUUGAAUGACAUGGGGGCACUAAAUGCUGUCUACUUUAGCAUCUGAGCUCAUUUGGAAAUAAGGGACUGUAAAAGUCACGCUCGGUACCAUGAAACUGGCAAUCUCUCUUAACCUAGUUGAACUAAUUAAACUAAUAAUUGUUAAUUGUCUCAACACAGCUGCAGCACAAUCAAGGCACUACCGUUGGCAUUCAGUCAAAGCUGGGGACUUCUGGUGACAUGCUUAUCAAACAUUUGCCAACAGCAACAUGAAAAAAGCUUGCUGCAAACAUGUCACAACUAUCCUUUCAGGUAGUUCCACAUUUGGUGCCUGUGCAUGUCCUAAGAUCAUUCGUAAGCAGUGUCAGUGCACUGUGUAUAACUGUGCUUUUUUCCUUUGUGCUGCUUCAUGGUAAAGUAAUUCCUCUAUUCUGUGUCACAGUCAGGUGCCACUUGUUGCUGAAGACUCUCCUCUUUUUCCAAGACUGUUAUUUGAGUAGCCUGUGGGGGUAUGCAGCCAGUGUAAGGGUUAGAUAACGUGUUCUGUCUAGAUCAUGGCAUCUGCAAUACUUCACUGAUGGUUGAAGAACCCACUAUGAAUAAUUUCAGUAUACUUAUCGUAAACUCCUCUCUGUACAAACUUUAUUCGGCAGGUAUGGAAGAGUGGCAUUAAUGAUGUGUUCUUAAGCUGAAUUUUUUUGAACAGUUAUGCCUCAUGAUGCAAUAAAAGGCAAUGGAGUCCUACUCCAUUUAUAGUGCUAUGCACCUGCCCACUCUUGUCUUUAUACUUUUUAACAUGUGACAAGUGUACAGUGGUGCUUUGCACUGGAGUUGGUUUUGUGAGCUCAAGUGCUGCUUUGUCUCUUCUGCAAGUGUAGGAAUGACACAGAGAAGUUUUUACUGUUUUAAUAAUAGCAGUUUAUUACAUGGUGCUAGCUACUGUUAACUCCCAAAGAAUGAAAGCUCUUCAUAUUUAAAUAUUGCUUGUAACAUCCUGUUCUGAAACACACACAUUUUCAGAACC